UACGGUUUGGCUCUCCACGGUUUACGUAUUUACAGCAUACUGAGUACAGUUGUGAAACACACAACCAAAGAUUUCUGAACGUAAAAGAUGUCUGCAACCAGAUACCGUCGAUUUCUCAAGCUAUGCGAGGAAUGGCCAAAAGACGAAUCAAAGAGAGGUCGAGAUUUAGGGACAUUUUUACGCCAGAAAGUAGCCAGUGCAUUCAGAGAAGGCGAAAAUACACAGAUUUCAGAUCCAGAGAAAUGUGAUCAAAUGUAUGAAAGUUUGGCCCGCAUCAACAGUAACGUGUACAAAGAAAAGUUCCCAAGAGCAAAAGAUACAAGUUUUACAGGAGUAACAGUGGAAGAGUGUCGAAUGCUAUUGGCCACAGGUAACAUGCAACAGACAGAUGAGGAGAAGAAGGGAUUGUGGAAGACACUAAUGGACCGAUUCUCUUCCAAACCUGAAGAUGGACCACCUCCUGAAAAAGCUGAAAAAUAAUCAUCAUACUGUACAGACUGUAUUUAUUCCCCAUUUGCACAUUUUCAAAUAAAACAAUUAAGAUGUA